GCCUUUACAGAACACAAUUGUUCUCAGAUGAUUAAAAUAUUUGUACAGGAGAAGGAGAAUAGUCAAAAAGGUUUUUCAUUAAAUUAAACAGAAUGGAAAGCAACAUGACAGUUUCAAGUGAUAUCCUAGAAAUCAAAGGCUUUGACAUAUCUCCAGAGUUCACGUACCCUCUAUUUUUCUUACUGCUGUUUGUUUACUUUUCCCUGCUUUUUUCCAACAUUGGAGUUCUGGUGCUUAUCAUCACUGAGAAGAGUUUGCACCAGCCAAUGUACUUUCUUUUUUGUAACCUGUCUGUCAAUGAUCUAAUCGGUAACUCAGUCCUACUGCCUCAGCUGAUGGCUCAUAUCAUUUCAACAGAACGGUUUAUCACCUACAACCAAUGUGUGGUUCAAGCCUUUUACAGCCACACGUUCGGAUCAGCUUCUCAUAUGAUUCUCAUCAUUAUGGCAAUUGACAGAUAUGUGGCAAUAUGUCAACCCUUAAGGUACAGCUCAAUUAUGACUACCAAAACUGUGAUUGGGCUGUCAGCAACUGCAUGGGGGCUGUCAUUAGUGCUCGUGUCUGUUUUGGUAGGUCUCACAGUGAGGCUUUCCCGCUGUAGAUCGGUUAUACAAAAUGCUUACUGUGACAAUGCAUCACUGUUCAAGCUUUCUUGUGAGGAUGUGUCCAUCAAUAAUAUCUAUGGACUCUUUUUCACUGUGCUGCUGUUCAGUUGCUCAAUUGGAGGCAUAGCUGUCACCUAUUUCAGAAUAGCUCUCAUCUGCUGGAUCAAGAAAAACAAAGAGUUGAAUAACAGAGCACUGCAAACCUGUGCAAGCCAUCUUGUUCUUUAUCUUAUUAUGCUCUGGUCGGGGUUUUUAACAAUCAUAUUGCAUCGUUUCCCAAAUUACCCAAAUUUAAGGAAGACUGCAUAUGUUUUAUUUCAUGUGGUCCCUGCUAAUUUAAAUCCAGUCAUUUAUGGAGUGCAAACAAGGUCAUUAAGGGAUAAAAUUGUCCAAGUACUGCAAAGAAAAGUGACUCCAACCUAAUACCUUCUGUCUUCUAUUCAUGAUUUGCCUAAGGCUUGAACAUAAAGACACACAUAGGUAAUUGUUUUCACUUGUAACACCUGUUCUGAAGCAUUUGAGAUGCUUUUACACAGAUGUGUGUUUCAAUUGAAACAAUAAUAAUGUUUUCACGUAAGUUGCAGUUGUAACUUGUAAGUAUGUGGGAUUCAUAUUUGUUUCAAUAUCUUAACUCUCAUAAACAUGCAAGGAAAUGCAAGAUCUUCUGUCUUCUGUUACCACAUUUUCUGAAUGAAAGGACCUUGUUUUUGUGUUACUAAUUUUGAUUAUUGCAAGGUCCAUGAAAAUCACUAAAAUAACAAUUUCCAUUUCCAUUGCCUGAACUUUUCCUAUAAUGAGUAUCAAUGAGCAUACACUUACAGUAUAUUCAUGUAUUUGCUUUCACUGAGCUGCAGGGAUUAUGGUAAUAUUUCAUGUACCAUAUUCAUUGUUAGUAUCUUAUCAGACUAUUAUUACUAAGACUUGAACUCAGAGUAAGCUGUCAAUGCUGUGUUUCACUACAGUACAACAAUACAAUACAAAGAAACUUUACCUGUGCAUACAAUAUUGUGCAUAAAAUAAGCUUGUAACAAUAGCCAACACACACACAUUCUUUGGUCAUGUAACCCCAAAGGAUGUAUUUCACAUCUCUUCAAAAUAUCCAUAUUAUUUUCAUUGAAUGACAAAAUCCUAAAAUGACAUACACAGUGAGAGUGUGUUACCUGUUAUUAAAGAAAACCUGUAAAAAUAAGAACUGACUGUUAACUCUUCAAGUAUGUAGUCUUCUACAUUAGGUUAAAUAUAUUUCUUAAUAAGCAGAAAUGUACUGAAUAUACUGAAAGAAAUACUGUCCUUGUGUUUCCUCAACGCUUGCUGUAGUGAGGAUGUAAUUUGGUUUUGUAGGCCUCAGGGACUCGGAUGAUCUCAUGAUGAAAGGUCAACCAGUGGUCUCAACAGGUCUUGUGGUCUGAUUAAGAUGCAUCUCAGUUUAAUUCUGUCUGAAAAGCAGUUCUCCACUUCUCUGAACUUGACAGUACACAUAUCUCAAAUAGUUUUUUACAAAUCAAAACACAGUUCCACUGAUUAAGCCUUCUAUUUUCCUUUGGGUUCAAAUUAAAGAGUCAUGGCCCACUUUGGAUGCCAUUACUCCACUAUAUCCUUGACAAGGGAUUAUACACAUCAAGAGCCAAGCAAAUGGUGAUGAUCCAGGGGAUUUAACAGAUAAUCCAUGUGAGUUACACUGAGAUGUUGUUUUCUCUUAUUCUGAUUUCAGAACCUUUCCUGGCUAUAUCUCUUUGGUGGGAUUUUCUCUCUUUAACUAAUUAAUGUCAUGAUAGUAAAAUAAAAAUGACCCACCUCCAGACUAUUACUGUUAUAGUUUGAGGGUUUCCUGUUUCCUGUUUUAUUUUGUAGAAUCCUCCUUC